CCCAUGAUCACAUGGCGAGGGCGUGCAUCACGUAACACGCUUUUGAGCCAAGAUGGCGAGCACAGAGGCAGAGGCAGGGACUGCUGGAGUCGAUGGCGACGAUGCUUUCCAGACCUAUUAUAACGAGGUGAAACAGAUUGAGAAGAGAGACUCUGUUUUAACCCCGAAACAGCAGAUCGAGAGGUUAAUUAGGCCUGGCUCUUCAUAUUUUAAUCUAAAUCCUUUUGAAGUGCUGCAGCUUGAUCCUGAAGUUACAGAAGAUGAAAUAAAGAAAAGAUUUCGACAGCUGUCAAUCCUGGUCCAUCCAGAUAAAAACCAAGAUGAUCCAGACAGGGCACAGAAAGCUUUCGAAGCUGUUGAUAAAGCCUACAAGCUGCUUCUGGACCCUGAGCAGAAGAAGCGCGCCAUUGACGUGAUCCAUGCAGGGAAGGAAUAUGUGGAGCACACAAUGAAGGAAAAGAAGAAACAGCUGAAGAAAGAUGGCAAAUCAACAGUGGUGGAAGAAGAUGACCCUGAAAUGUUCAGGCAGGCAGUGUACAAACAGACUAUGAAGCUGUUUGCCGAGCUGGAGAUUAAGAGGAAGGAGAGGGAAGCCAAGGACAUGCAUGAAAGGAAACGACAAAGAGAAGAGGAGAUUGAAGCACAUGAAAAAGCCAAGCGAGACCGAGAAUGGCAGAAAAACUUUGAGGAAACUCGAGACGGACGUGUUGACAGCUGGCGGACGUUUCAGGCAAAAGGCAAGAAGAAAGAGAAGAACCGGUCAUUCCUGAAGCCGCCCAAAGUGAAGAUGGAGCAGCGAUAGGAACCUUGUUGGGCAGAGAAGGCCUUGGCCAUGAAACCAUCCAAAUGCAACCCAAGAAUGUCUCAAGAAUGCAUAGCAUUUUAUUGAAUAAAUAAAGUCUGACCCAAAUAAGAUCUUAACACUGGACAAGAUUGGACUUAAUUCCCAACUGGGCUUUAUUAUUCUGUGAGCCCACACUGGGUUAGAUGACUUGUUGUUUUGGUUUAUUCUGGCAUUAUUGGCUUACCAGGAGUCAGAUAUAAAUAGUUAAAGCGAUCAUAAGUAGAGUAUUGAACAUUUUUACAGUCCUUUCUUAAAAUAAAAUACAAUCUUUUUUUUCUUUUUGUUUUAAAUAACUAAAAAUGGAUUAGAACCCUUUACUGUGAUUAGCCUUAUAUGAUUGUUCAACAUGUAUAGGGUGAAGAUAGUCAUUUAUUCUGGGUUUUUUUGUGUGUGUGUUUUUUUUUAGUUUUUUUUAGAUGAGUGAGAGAGAUUAACAUGUUAAUAUUAUACCUUUACUAGCAGGACCUGACCACAGCUACUGCAGUAAACUAGUUGCAAGAUUAGGAUCAUUAAAACAAACACAGUUGUAUCUGCCUAUGAGGAACAGAACAUCUGCUGGGCAUGUUGCAAUGUGUGUAAAGUAUGUUCAAUUUCUAGUACUGUUAUUUACAGCGAACAGCGUUUUUAUUUUAGAACAAGUGGAAACUCCCUGAUAAUUCAGUCCUGUUUACGCUGCAUUCACACUGGGUCUGUCUCUGUCUGGCUUGUUUUGUUUCAAACAAUGUAUCAGUUUGCUUGCUGUUCACACUUAUCUGCGAGCAAAGGGACAGAGUUAGUUUGGAUGCGAGAUAAAGUUUGUCCUUUUCCAUUUUUUUUUUUUUUAUUAUUUUUUUCCAGCACCGAAUUUGUGUUCACAACAGAAGUGCACUCAGUUCCUUUAGUUAUGGUUUGUGAGACAGUAUGUUUCUUCACCUUAGGCCUACAUAGUUCUGUUUCUAUUGAAACCCUUCUCAUGUAGCCUUUUGAGUGAAUAUAUUUUACUGUUUUUGUGAGUUUUGGUGAGUUGGGCUUGGAUUUUGAUGUCUGACCAAAAUUCUAUUGGCGCUUCAGUUUCUUGCACUGUCCAUGUAGUUCCCAGAGACAUUUAGUUUUUUUGCUCUACUUGUUUCCUCAGAAUAUGAACAACUAUGCACAAAAUGUUCACUUCUGAGUCAGGUUACCUUGGGUCGUACGUUUCCUAUGUGCAAAAGGACCGAGUCUAGAAAUUGUUCACAUUGAGCUCCUCUUUAGGUGGUACGGUUUGUUUCCCAAGCGGACUUUGUUGUUCGCACUUCACACCAAAUAUACCGAACCAUACAGAAUGUAAAUCAAACCCUCUGUAUGGACCCAGUGUGAACACAGCCUUAGAGUUGCUUAUUUCACAAUGUUUCAGGAUGAUCAUAAAAUGAAUGAAUUCCCCUCCACUAAAGGAACUGAUGUAAAAGUUGUAUGUCUCCUAAAAGUCUGUGUAACCACAGUUAUAUUAAUCCUCUAAUCUGCUAAAGCAUGUUUAUUGUUUUAGCAGUAUUAGGUUAUUAGUGUUUUAACCAGGCUGCAUGUAUUGUGGCAGGACCCUGUUUUGUUAACAAUCAGACUUCUGUAGAAAUAUCUCGGUUUCCCCAAAGAAAAAACAUCCAAAUAGUUCCUCAUGAGAACAAUGAGGGCAGACCUGUGAUAAAUGACCUUGUAUUUAGUUUGAGAUUUAGUAAUGGCAGCAAGUGCUAGUGCAUUGGGUCUCGUUGCAUUACAUCUUUCCCAGAGCCCUGUAAAGUAAUGAUUUUACUGUGUGUGUUUUUUUUUAUUUUUUUUUUAUUUGUACUGUGAUGUUGACAGAUUGCUCUGUAAUGUAAUUUAUCUGACAAUAUCUUAUUAAAAGUGUUAAAACUGUCUUUCACAAA